AUGCAUAUCCCUACUUUUGGACAGGUUGCCACCAUCGGCAUGGCUUUCUUCGCUGCCGCUGCCUUGGCUGCCCCUAUCGCUGAGCCCCUUGACGCCGACCUCGUCGAGCGAUCCACCGAUCUGGCUGCUCGUGGCGAGGGACUUGCUUUCGCCGGCGCCGUCAGCGCCCUUGAACAGCGCAACAGCAAGAAGAAUUGCAAGCGUACCAACAACAAGGGCUACUGCACCGAUUCCGAUGACGAUAAGAAGGACAAGAAGAAGAAGCAGUGCAAACGCAACAAGAAGGGCGAUUGCUCUGACUCUGACGAUGACAAGAAGGAUAAGAAGAAGAAGCAGUGCAAGCGCAACAAGAAGGGUGACUGCUCCGACGAUGAGAACGAGGUGAAAAAGGGCAACCAGAAGGAUGACAAGAAGAAGAACGACGACAAGAAGGAUGACGAUAAAAAGAAUGAUAACAAGAAGGAUGACGACAAGAAGAAUGACGACAAGAAGAAUGACGAUAAGAAGGAUGAUGACAACAAGAACGGCAAGGACAACAAGAACGGCAAGGACAACAAGAACGGCAAGGACAACAAGAGCGGCUACUACUGA